AUGCUUUUUGGGAAGAGAACCAGAGAUAUAUCAAGCAGGGGAUUGUCGUGGAGUAACAGUGAGAGCCCACUGCAUCUUUAUAUACCAGCUGCGGAAUACCUCAGUGAAAGCCCGAUACAGUUUGGCCAAAUCAACCCCAACACUGCACCAUACCAUAUCACCCCCCUUCACCAGGAUUCAACCCAACCUUUCCCCUCUUUUCCUCCUGGCUUUCCUCCCUCCUCCUCUCCCUCUGUCCCUCUGCCUUUCCCCAUGUCUCAUGGCACCACCACCCUGGCCUUCAUGUUCCAGGGGGGAGUGAUAGCUGCAGCAGACACACGGUCCAGCUGCAAUGGGCUGGUUGCCUGCCCAGCCUCGCAGAAGAUCCUGCCUGUCCACUCCCACUUGGUGGGCACCACCUCGGGCACAUCUGCUGACUGUGCCCUAUGGAAGAGGAUACUGGCUCGGGAGCUCCGGCUUUACCAGCUCCGCCAUGGCAGAAGGCUGUCCACAGCUGGCGCUGCCAAGCUACUAGCCCACAUGCUGCACCCGUUUAAGGGCACUGAACUGUGUGUGGCAGCCACUCUGUGUGGUUGGGACAGAGGGGCGAAUCAGCAAGAGAACAGAUCAAAGAUGGGGAAUGAAACAGAUGAUCUGGCAAAGACAUCAGAAAGUGACUCAAUCUCUCAAGCAGAGGCACGGGGAAGGAAUCUGUGCCUCUCACCAGCCAUGAGUCGGCAGCACUGUUCUGCUGGAGGUAAACAGCUAGUGCUCUCUGGCCCCAGCUUGUACUACGUCUGCAGUGAUGGGACUCGCCUGCAGGGAGUGCUGUUCUCUGUGGGCUCUGGCUCGCCCUAUGCCUACUCUGUGCUGGACGGAGGGGUACGGUGGGGGCUGACGGUGGAGGAGGCCAUCUCACUGGCCAGAGAGGCUGUGUACAGGGCCACACACAGGGAUGCAUACUCUGGGAACUGUGUGGAUGUGUACCAUAUCACCUCACAUGGGUGGACUCGCAGGGACAGAGAGGAAUUGAGAGAGGAGUAUUACAGAGAGAAGGAGAGCGAAAGAGUGAAGGUGAAGGAAAGGAGGGAGAAACAGGAAGGAGUGGAAGAUGGGCAGAGCAGUGGUAGAAAGAAGUAA